GAGCAUCCUUCCUUUGGUUACUCACUGCAUAGAAAGGCGACACUCUGGGGCUAUCAGGAUUUGAGCAGACGUAGUUGAAGGCUCGAAGGUUUCUUGGAGCUUGGAACUUCACCCACCAAACAUCAAUUGAACUCACAACAUCAUCAUCUAACGGCCAAAGACCAAACAUGUUCCUCUUCCACCUCUUCGCCCUCGCCCUCUCCACUCUAUCCACACUACCCUCCUCACUCGCCCAAGAUGCCUCCUCCCUCGUCGGCACCUGGUCCUCCGGCUCGCGCAACGUCAUAACCGGCGCCGGGUUCGCCAACCCCCUCAACCAAACCUUCAUCUUCCCCAAAACGACCGGGAUGUCGUACUCCUUCUCCUCAGACGGUUUCUACGAAAUCGCCCGCUACCGCUUCACAGGCAACCCAGCCCAACCGAACUGCAUCACCGGCGUCAUGAACUUCGCCCACGGGACGUACACGCUCCAAUCGAACGGGAGCAUCACCAUGAUUCCGUUCGGGGACGGGUACCAGCAGGUGCAGGAUACGUGCGCCGCCGUGAGCCCGGUGAUCGAUUUCUUCAACACGACGGAGCUGUAUUUGAGCUGGAAUACGGUGCAGGAUGCGACGGACGGGAUGUUGUUGAAUUUGCAGAGUUUCGAUGGGACGCCGGUGCCGAGGCUUUAUCUCGUUUCGACAGAGCCGAAUAUGCUGCCGACGCAGAGUUUGACGAAUUCGAGUGUGGAGUUGACGAGGAGGAAGAGGGAUGUCGAGGGGAGUGGGAGUGGAAUGGGGCUGUUCGCGAGGAUGGCGGGGGCGUUGGGCAUGUCGUGAUAGAACGUGUACGCUGUACCCGUGCGUGUGAAGAGAAGGAGUUGUGUGGGAUGCGUGCGUGCGGUACAUAUCCCUAUGGACAUCAGUCGACCUGCUUUGACUCGUUGUUUGUGAUCGCUAUUUCGCGUCUUUUUUGAUCGUUGUGUCCUUUCCUACUUGCUUACAUUGUAUACCACCCGUUUCAUCCCACCAAAGGACAUUCGCCAUCAAUACUCGUACUCCACUACCUAGUUCAGUCUCCGUUCACGUUCAGGGAGAUUUCUCAGAUAUUUGUUCGUAUCGGACUUGCGAGACUCUUGCACCGUGUCAAUACCUACCCACAGACUCUUGAUCAGGAAUCAACGAAUGUCGUUC